AUGUGCAAAUGUGGUGUUGAAGCUAGCUACGGCCUAGUCCCUUCAGGUCUUGGGAUUAGCCACUUCUGUGGCCACAUGAUCGACUAUGAUGAGAGCACUCAGAAAUGCAAAUGGAAAUCAUCUGAUGAUGUGUUUAAGUUCAAAGAUGAGUAUAAGGCAAGAGUAGCAGUUCGCAAGAUGAGAGGUUAUCCUACAAACUACGUCACUGAUUUUGUGAAGGACCAUAAGAAGAAAAUGCUUGCAUUCGCCCAGGAGUUGCGUGUUCGUAACCCUGCGAGUAUUGCAUGGAAGAAGUGGUCCGAGGAGAGGGAAAAGGAGAUAGAGGAGUACCGUGCAAGGAAGGCUGAAGAGGAUGCAAGGAAGGCUGCAGAGGAGGCUGAGAGAGCUGAGAUGCAAUGCUUGAACGAUACUAUUGCCUCAUUAUGUGCUAAGAUUGGAUGCACCGGGAACUGGCAAGCAGAUGUGGGCCGUGCUAAGUACGUGGAGAAUAUGAUAUUAGGGCGGGACGCUGGAGUUGGUGGCACCGCUAGCCGUCCGAUUGUGGUCGAAGAGGAGGCCGAGGCGGAGGAAGACGACGACACCGGAAGGUUAGGCGACCUCAUUCAUCUUGCCAAGGAAUUGGGGUACCCUCAGGACGAGCAUGACUAUGAAAUGGGAAGGAUAGGCGAGCUACUUCGUCUUGCAGAGGAGGGUGAGGCGUCAGGACCGAUGCCUGUCGGUGCCUUAGAGGAGGGUGAGGCUGCAUACCACAACUAG